AUGAGUAAGAUUGAAUUAUCAAGGAUGAAGACACCGGCCGUUCCAUUGGCUACUCUGAUUGGGCGUGAGCUUCGAAAUGAAAAUGUUGAAAAACCUUUUGUGAAGUAUGGGCAAGCUGGGUUGGCCAAGAAAGGAGAAGAUUAUUUUCUGAUCAAGACAGACUGCCACAGGAUUCCUGGGGAUUCAUCUACAGUGUUUUCUGUAUUCGCGAUCUUUGAUGGGCAUAACGGUAUAUCAGCUGCUAUUUUUGCGAAGGAAAACUUGCUAAGUAAUGUUUUGAGUGCAUUACCGCAAGAUAUCAGCAGGGAUGCAUGGCUUCAGGAACUUCCUCGUGCUCUAGUUGUUGGUUUUGUGAAAACUGACAUAGAGUUUCAGCAAAAGGGGGAAACUUCUGGAACAACUGCUACAUUUGUCCUGAUUGAUGGAUGGACUGUCACUGUUGCAUCUGUUGGGGAUUCCCGUUGCAUAUUAGAUACUCAGGGAGGUGUAGUUUCUCUCUUGACAGUUGAUCACAGACUAGAAGAGAAUGCAGAAGAGAGGGAGCACGUUACUGCCAGUGGUGGUGAAGUAGGAAGACUCAAUGUAUAUAGAGGCAACGAGGUAGGGCCUCUUCGCUGCUGGCCUGGUGGAUUGUGCCUAUCUAGAUCAAUAGGUGACACGGAUGUGGGAGAAUUUAUUGUGCCAAUACCACACGUUAAGCAAGUGAAGCUUUCAAAUGCUGGUGGAAGGCUUAUUAUAGCCUCUGAUGGUAUUUGGGAUGCUUUAUCUUCUGAUAUGGCUGCCAAGUCAUGUCGGGGUCUGCCUGCGGAGCUUGCUGCGAAGCUAGUGGUCAAGGAAGCUCUAAGGUCGAGAGGCCUGAAGGAUGACACAACCUGCCUUGUUGUAGAUAUUAUUCCUUCGGACCUCCCGGUAUUACCACCAAUUCCGAGAAAGAAACACAAUAUGCUUACUUCAUUUCUCUUUGGAAAGAAAUCUGAAAACUCCACAAACAAAGCUACUAAUAAGCUUUCUGCAGUUGGUGUUGUGGAGGAGUUAUUUGAAGAGGGUUCUGCCAUGCUUGCAGAAAGGCUGGGUAAGGAUUUUCCAUUUAAUAAGAAUUCUGGGAUUUUUCGCUGUGCGGUAUGCCAAGUGGAUCAACCCCCUGGCGAUGGUUUAUCAGUGAACUCUGGGCCUUUUUUCUCUCCAGCAUCUAAGCCAUGGGAAGGCCCAUUCCUCUGCACAAACUGUCGGAAGAAAAGAGAUGCCAUGGAAGGAAAAAGGCCUAGCAGACCCACCGUUACUGCAUAG